AUCACCCACCCUGUGUACGUUUCAUCUCUGAUAACACUCCUGACGUUCCUCCUCUGUUUGCUAGGUGCUCAAUGUUAUCGGGAAAAUGUACCCGAUAAUCUUGAGUAACGAUACUCUGCAUUCUUACAAGAAGCUCGUCGCCAUCUAUCUAUGUGACAAUUGGCUUCUUGAAUUCGACGAGGCACUUUUCGCCAAUCAGCAUUACCUGAAAGUACUGGAUCUCACGCGCAACAUUCUCUUCAAACUGCCCAAAAAUUUCUUCCAGUUUCCGUAUCUGCACACGCUCUAUCUCGGCCACAACAUGCUUUCCGAUUCCAAAUUCAAGAUAAACGUAACCUCGCCUCUCAAACUGCUCCAGCUAAACAAUAACAUUAUACACGCGAUCCCGAACAUAGGCGUCCAGCCGACCCUCAUUCAUCUCGACGUGUCCUACAACGUAAUCACCUCGAUCAGCACCGAGGAUCUGGCUCCCUUCUGCUCGCUGAAAAAGCUCGAUCUGACCGGAAAUAGAAUCAGAUUCAACGCGAGCAGCUGUGAUUGUCAGGCGUUCAACGUCUGGGUGAAGCUACGACAGAUCAAGAUGAAGCCCGAUCUCUACAAAUGCAUCGAUCCACCAGCAACUCUAAACAAGGACUGCGCCAAAGUGACAUUCAGCGAUCGGACGCACAAGCUGUUCAACGAGUGCUUGGCAAUGGCACAACAGAAGAUGAAGACCGCGAAAGCCUCGAUUGGUCUGAAGAAGCGUCGCCCCGUGCGUCUCGGUGUUCUUCUUCCUAGCGUUGUUCGUGCACAAGCGAUACCGUAGGCGGCACAUAAAGCAGGAGGAGCAGCUAACGGCGAUCUACGACAACACCAAACUAUUCCAACAGCAACCUGACGAUGAUUAGUGAAAUAAUCGCCGAAUAAACGUAGAAUCCUGUUAAAAGGGCUGUUUCUGGCGUCGACAAUAUGCGAGAGUAGAAUUUUGCGUGAGAAUAGAAUUUUCCGAGUAGGGUUGCAAACUCUUAAAUUAUUUACGACAGAAUAAAAUUUAUUUGUUAAAUAACAAGGCCCGCAAUAAUUCUGUUCAACAAGAUAUUUACAUAUAUCCGGACAUAGACCCAUUAAGGCCUUUUUGACGUCUAAUUAAAUAAAUUACAAUCAUAGCGGUAUUUCUUGGGAACUCUUACAAUAGAAAAAAAUUAUUCAUUCGGAAACAAGAUCUGAAAAAAUCUGUUUAUAAUGUUAUUUUUGCAUAGACGCUUAAAUACCCGUUUAACAAUUUAUUACGGUCGACCCUGUGUUUGGUGCUAGAAAAUACGAGUAGGGUUGAAAAUCUAUAAAAUAUAUAAGUAUAUAUAAGUAAGAAAAAAAGAGAAAAGUAACUGUUGUUCAUUGAACUGGUGUUUAUUGAAAGAGUUUAAUCGACUGAGGAUUCACAAAGAAUUUAAUCGGAUAUAUAUAUCUACGUGCUUAAGUUUGUAUUUGAUCAUCAUUAAUACAUAUUGCGUAAUGUACACUAAACAUAAGAUUAUUGUAAUAGUUCAAAUGCUGCUCUUGACACGUAUGCCAUUUUUUGAAAAAUAUAUUGCUUUCUGAAAGGAGUGAGGUACAUAUAUUUUAUAGUUUUUUGAACAAAGACAAUAUAACCAACAAAAGCGAUAUCAAUUAUGAUUCAGAAACCGGAGAUAUCGAAUAAAAUACGUUGGACUUUUCAUGGUACUUAUUGUUGUAAAAUAUUUUAGACUUUUAAUGGAAAAAAAUGUGAAAGCAGGCUUUAUAUAUAACAAAAAUAAUUAAUGAUGAAGACAGUUCCGCGGAUAUUAAUAUGAUAUGAACGUGUUAACUUAUAAGAAAAAUUUAUAAAUGUUAUUAUAUUGUGUUCGCGUAUAUAAUGGUUGACGAUAUUUUUAUAUAAAAAUCUAUGUAAAUGUGGCAAAAUUUUCGAGAAACUCUCUGCGUGUGUGAACGAAUAUUAUACUAUAUUCUAGACGGCGAUAUAUGAAGGAAGAAAUGUCGGCGUUAAUUUCUUCGAUGCCGGUCAAAUGAAAACCGAUCGCUCAUUGUCGUCGCGCGCUUUUUGUUGAUGUAAUAGCCAUUUGUUUUGCGACAAUUUUUUAGAAUUAUUGACUUCGUGUCUUACGAUUGCUAGGGGUAAUACUUCAUUUUACUUACAACUGGCGUUUGCAAUUAUGAAUUUAUAUCAUAUAGACAAGAAUGUAACUCAUUUUUUAUUGUACGCUGAAUAUGACGACAAAAAAUGGUUCGAAACGUUCGAAAAUUGAAUAAAGAGUGAAUUUGUUUUGCGCACUGACUUCUGUAUGUAUAAUAUAUAAUUUUCAAGCAUGAUUAAACUAGCAGAAACGCAUUACAAGAGAAGAGAUAUUGUGGAAACAAUCUUCAUAAAAAUGUAUAAAGGUUCCAUAAAUUUAAAAAAAGACAGACAAUUU